AUGGCAUUGGCCGGUGGUGACGAUCAAGAUAGAAGUCAAGGUAGUCAUGGAAGCAAAGGAAAUGGACACGGUAGUCACGGUGGUCACGGAGUGGGCUGGAAUUUCUGUAGAUAUCCACUGCGUCAAUUCUUUGAGGAAGCUAAAAAUCAAAGUUGUAUCACCAUCUCUGGAAAUGCUUUGUCAGACGAUGGAUCGCAAGUCUCAUUCAAAGGAAACCUAAAGUACGAUUUAAACUCGAGCUCCCUCGUCCAGUCUGGAAAUAUUGUGUUCCUCAGUAGUUCCGACUACCAGUGUAACGAUCAAGUCAACUUGGUUCAGCCAUUCCUCGUAAACAAUGCAACUACCUUUUCAGAGUUUAGCAUCGAUAGAAAUGGAGAGCUCACACUUGGAAAUGACACUACCGAUAUUGAAUGUCUUUUCAGAAAAGAUAUUUUCAUCUUUGAAUAUGAAGAUAUUGCUUAUACUUUUGUAUUGACUGUUAAUAAGAAUUGUUCAGCAACAAACUUUGGUGAACAAUGUUCAACACCAACUCCAACACCAACUUCAACACCAACAUCCUCACCAAAUGUAACUGUUACUCCAACUCCAACCGAGACACCAACCUCGUCACCAAAUGUAACUGUUACACCAACUGAAACACCAACAUCAUCUCCAAAUGUAACUGUUACACCAACUCCAACUGAGACUCCAACAUCAUCUCCAAAUGUAACUGUUACUCCAACUGAAACACCAACAUCAUCUCCAAAUGUAACUGUUACACCAACUGAAACACCAACUUCCUCACCAAAUGUAACUGUUACACCAACUGAAACACCAACUUCAUCACCAAAUAUCACAGACACUCCAAUCCCAACUGAGACACCAACUUCCUCACCAAAUAUCACAGACACUCCAAUCCCAACUGAGACACCAACUUCAUCACCAAAUAUCACAGACACUCCAAUCCCAACUGAGACUCCAACUUCCUCACCAAAUAUCACAGAUACUCCAAUCCCAACAGAGACUCCAACACAAACACCUCUCCCUAGUGUUUCGAUCAAACUCAAUGCCACCAACUCAUGGGCUGAAGGAAAUGAAACCGCCACCCAAUACAAUGUCGAUGUAACCAACAAUGGUACAUCAGAUAUUACUUCAUUGACCUUGGUUGCUUCUAAUUUCCAACCAACCAGUAUCUGGAAUAUCGUUGCCAACGGUACUGAAUAUUCUUUGCCAUCGAACCAAACCAUUCAAGCAGGUGCCACCUACCAAUGGGGAUUCAUCACCUUGGCCUCUACCGAACCAGAGUUUUCCGUCAAACAAUGA